CCCGGGGGGGGACGUGAAUUGCCAAGGUCACACAACAAGUUACUGGCUGCACCAGGGCUGGAGACCAGCCCAAUCCUAAUCCCAGGCUGCCAUGCUUGGCUGCAGGGCAGUUAACAGUAGUCGGUUGGGCACACAUCUAGGCAUUCAGCCCAGAGUGCUUGGAGAGACUGAGACAAAGUCGGAGAUAGGGAGACAUAGAGACAGAAUGAAAUGGACAGAGAAGAGAGUUGCAGAAGGAGAGCAACAUGGAACAGAGACAGAAAGAGAUGUUCGUGGGCCUGAGUCAUUACGUUCAAAAUAGAGAUUCGAACACCAGCAGGGUGGGGCAGGACCUCAGCGACCAGCUAGGUCAGUCUCCUUUAUUUUUACAACAGUCAAAGUGCAGCUGAGUAGUUGACCUGUGUAAACCUUUUCAAGAACAGUUUGAUGCUGAGUGGUAAAAAGGAAAUGCUUGUGGUGCUAAAAAGUGGCAAAACUUCCAUCUUUAAGAGUUUUUGAACGGGAUUUGAAAAAUGAGCUGUAGGAAUGUGACCCAGUGCAGGGGCAUUUGGGACAAUAUGCCAAUGACAUUUCUGCAACUGUCUGGGAUUUAGGACCAAGCACCCCAUGCCCUCUGUGUUCUUUCUGAUGUCUUAGACUCUGUGUUUUGAGAACAGAGGGAAAUGUUCCAGAGAAGGAACAGAGCCUAACCCUUUCCUCCCUUACUCCUUUCAUCUUGGUACCAGCAGAUCUUCUCUGCUUUCAAAGCUCAGCUCACCUCUUCCAGGAAGCUUUCCCUGAUUUCUCACUUAUAUCCCUCUGCCAACCGGUACCCAUCACUUCUUGUUGUAAAUCCCUCUAGACAUCCCCUAGCCCUGUGUUAGCCACUUCUCUUUUUGUACUUUGUAUAAUAGUUAUCUCUGAAAACGUCAAUAAAAGAGCCCCUAUUCUAUCCCAGGAACUCUGAAAUCCUUUGUUCUAAUCCUCACAACAAACUAACAAAGUGGGUUUUGCUUUACCCAUUUUAAAGAUAAGAAAAUUGAGACUCAGAGUGAAUAACUUCCUCAAGCUAGUAAAUGGCAGCCUGGGUAACUCCAGCCUGGGUUUGCCUGACUCCAGUGCCUGUAUUCUUUCCAUAAAACUGAAUGGCAUAUGCCAAGGGCAGGAACUGUGUCUAGUCAUUGGGUCUUGCAUACAUUUGGCAUUCAGUUUGUGUUUCUGAAUGAAUGAAACAGUAAGUGAAUGAAUGAAUCCAAAGAAUAUCCUUUCUUUUGAAGCCUAUAGCUCAGGGGUCAGUCAACUACAGCCUGGGGGGCCAAAUCCAGUCUGCUUCCUGUUUUUGUAAAUAAAGUUUUAUUAGAAUGCAACCAUGUUCAUUCCUUUAUUGUCUGUGGCUACUUUCAUGUGUAACAGUAGAGUGAUGUUGUGAGAGACACCAUGUAGCCCACAGAGCCUAAAAUAUUUACUGUCUGGCCCGUUCCAGAAAAAGUUUUCUGACUCCUGCAAUGACUUAUGAUUUUUACUAAGCUGGUUAAAACAAUGGUGCUUAUUGAGAAGUACUAAUAACCUUGUCUUUUAUGAUCUAGAAUUGUGUGUGUGUGUGUGUGUGUGCAUGCGCGCGCGCAUGCUUGUUAUCAGAUAGAUUCCACAUGUAUCUGGUAUAUGCCACUUUAUUAUUUUACAGGCAGGCUUCAUCUAAAAAGGUUUGCCCCACCAGGCCCUUGGGAAUAUCUGUAUCUAGAUAUAUCUAUAUCUAUAUAUACCUUUUUAAAAUUUUUAUAAUUUUAAAAAUUAAGUUUAGCUUUGUUGGCAGCACCUUGGCACAGACAUGGUCAGAGCCAAGACCCUGGUGACAAAGGUCUUCCCUGAAGUAAAGGAGGGCCUAUUCCCCCAGGACAGUCAUGGUGGGUGUGGACUUUGAGGCUCGCCAGAACAGUAUUGACAGGGGCAGUUUCUGAGCUGAACGAGAAGCAGCCUUUUAGACGGAUUACACUCCCAUUUCCUCUUGGCUGGCAGGGGCGAUCCGAUCACGGGCUCCCAGCCUUGCCUCCUUCCCUGGGACAGGGGCCCUCUUCUUCCCCCAGGCCGCCCCCCAGGGUAGCCUCUGGUGAGGCCAGAGCACUGCCUACCUGUUCCUGCUCCCCGGAGCUCAGGACUGGCCCCUGGACCCCUGGCAUCUGGGGCAGAAGCAACACCAAAGCAGGGAUUGGCUGCCUCCCACCCCAAAUGCCCAGCUGGGAGUGCUCAGAGGCGUGACAGAUCUCAGCCUGUCGCCAGCCUGUGUUCCCUGGCCAGUCCCUCCUUGGGCCUUGCCCACGAUGACGGUUCCAUCACUCAGCUUCACUCACCUGCUCACCAUUUCAGGACUGCUCUGUUACUCAGCUUGCUGCUCGGCUCUUCCCGGCCUGGAUCAGAAGAAGCGUGGCAGCCACAGAGCAUGCUGCCUCCUGACGCCCCCUCCACCCCCGCUGUUCCCACCACCAUUCUUCAGAGGAGGCCGAAGCCUGCUUCUCUCCCCAGACAUGAAGAAUUUCAUCCUGGAACUGGAGACCACACAGUCCUCAUGUGUGCAAGGAUCACUCGGCUCCCCUGGGCCCCCUGGCCCCCAGGGUCCACCGGGACUUCCUGGCAAGAUAGGACCAAAGGGAGAAAAGGGGGAGCUUGGCCUACCAGGAAGAAAGGGUAGACCUGGCCCCCCGGGUGUUCCUGGCAUGCCUGGGCCAGUCGGCCCUGAAGGACCCAGGGGUGAAAAAGGUGACCUGGGUGUGAUGGGCUUGCCAGGGUCAAGAGGACCAAUGGGCUUCAAGGGCUACCCUGGAUCCAGAGGGGAAAAGGGAUCCAGAGGUGAAAGGGGUGACUUGGGUCCCAAAGGAGAAAAGGGUUUCCCGGGAUUUCCUGGAAUGUUGGGGCAGAAAGGUGAAAUGGGUCCAAAGGGUGAGCCUGGGAUAGCAGGACACAGGGGACCCAGAGGAAGACCAGGAAAACGAGGCAAGCAGGGGCAGAAGGGAGAUAGUGGAGUAAUGGGCCCACCAGGCAAGCCUGGGCCUUCUGGUCAACCUGGCCGUCCAGGUCCCCCAGGCCCCCCGGGCCCCCCAUCCGCAGGACAACUUGUGAUGGGACCCAAAGGGGACAGAGGAUUUCCCGGGCCUCCAGGAAGUUGUCUUUGUGGAACCCCUACGAAUGUGAAUAACCCCUCCUACAGGGAAUCCAUGUAUGGGUCCAGCUCCCCUCAUGUUCCUGUGAUUUUUGUGGUCAACAACCAGGAGGAGCUCGACAGGCUGAACACCCAAAACGCCAUUGCCUUCCGCAAAGAUCAGAGAUCUCUGUACUUCAAGGACAGCCUUGGCUGGCUCCCCAUCCAGGUGACCCCUUUCCACCCUGUGGACUACACUGUGGACCACCGUGGCUCCUGCGGGGAUGGAGUCCUGCAGCCCGGGGAGGAGUGUGAUGACGGAAAUGACGACGUGGGUGACAGCUGCAUCAGCUGUCACCGGGCCUACUGUGGAGAUGGUCACCAGCACAAGGGAGUGGAGGACUGCGACGGCUCUGACUUUGGCCACCUGACCUGCGAGACCUAUCUCCCUGGGUCAUAUGGGGACCUGCAGUGCACCCCCUACUGCUACAUCGACUCCACGUCCUGCCGCUACUUCACGUGAAGGGCCUUUGCGGAGAAGGCAGGCUGCAUCCCACAGGAUCGGCAGCAGCUUUUCCACCCUCAUCAAAUUGACUUCACACCCCCCGGUCCGGUUUCCGUCACCUUUGUGUGACAAAAAUAAGGACGAGCUCUUGCUGCUAAGACAUGCUUUUAACUCGGUCCAACCGGAAGAACUUAGGACCACUGCACCCUGUCUUCAUCUGAGGUACCGGAGAACCUUCCACAUGCCCCCGCUGGGAACCGUUUUCCCAUUGCUACCAUCCAGCCAAAUCGCCGACCUACAGUGCCCUUUUUCUUCGGAAUGUUACCAACCCAGACCGUGGACUUGGCUCACAACUGUUACCUACGCCUAGACCUGCAGGGCUUUUUGAAUUUGUCGUCAUCCCAUCUGGGUCAUGUGGUGGACAGGCCUCCCCACUCCUCUGACCUCUCCAGAAAUGUGGGCAUUCUCACCCGGGGCAGCCGGCCGUCAGGUCUCUCCAGGCCUGUGAACCACAAAGCAGGGAAAUGAACCCGCCUUCUUGGAGUGGCUCCCAGCUCUGCACCCGCUGAGGAACCCCUCAACUGGCCACAGCCCAGCACAGCCUCAUGUGGAUGCAGCUCCCCCAAGAAGGGACCCAACUGUGAAAAAGCCCUGAGAAAGCCACCAAACCGGUGCUCUGCCCCUGGGAAAGGGCGGAGGCCCAGCUGGGUGCUCAGCUUGUGAACAGCAGAACAGUGGCCUUCCUGCUUCUCAGUGUUUCCCAAGAGGGUAGCUUCUAUAGUUUCACCAUCCCCAGCACCACCUUGACCUCGUGGCUCUCAGUACUUGGACCUCUGUCUUGUGAAUGCCCCUUAUGUCCAUCUCUUGUUCAGGAGAUUCACCACCAGAGGCUGUGGCUUCCUGAGCCUACACUUGGGCAGGCUUCUGGUGUUUCCGGUCCUUAGGAGAAUGCCACCCCGGGUCUCCCCAUGUGAGGCCCUACGACUGAAUACCUGUUCUAGGCAGAGACCAUUUCUGUCCUGAGCUCCAGCUCCUGGCUGCCUGCUGACUCCUGUGCACACCCUGUGACCUUCCCAUUGUGUCUCUGGAGUGCAGAGCCUUGCCCUCGUGUGCCUGAGCCCCUCGUGUUUCUGCAGGGUCGUUAGUCUGGCAUGACUGUGAGCUGCCUGGUACCACCAUCUUUCCUGAGUGGGGCUGAGCUUUGUUUUGGAAAGAUGUCUCCCCAGUGGCAGACCUCAAAUGGGAUUUCCUUGUUUGUUACCAGAUGGAGGGAGGCUGUUGAGCUUUUGUACAGAGCACUUUAACGUGCCUGAGUCUUGGGGACUCAGCAGACAAGAGCUUCUGGCCCAGCGGGCCAUCACUAGUGGUCUGUAGCAGAUGGGAUCAACCUGAAGGUGAGGUCUUCAGAGAUGGGCUUCAGACAAGAGCUUCCGGCUCAGCGGGCUGUCACUAGCGGGUCUGUAGCAGAUGGGAUCAGCCCAAGGGUGAGGUCUUCGGAGAUGGGCACAUUGGCCAGCUGGGUUCCCCCAGGCUCUACUGCACACCUUGGGGGUGAUGUUGCUCCCAUGAAAGCUGCACCUUCAUGCUGGGAUCUCCGGAUAUCAAGAAAUAUAAGCGGUUUGUUUCCCCA